AUGUCUUCGUUUUCUCUUACGUUGCUCACAUUAAUGUCGUUCUUCUGUUUCUGCGUUAACGCGCGUCUAACGUUGGACUUCUACAAGGACUCGUGUCCGCAGUUCGCGCAGAUCAUCCGCGACACCGUGACCGCGAAACAGAUCGCGAGCCCCACGACGGCGGCCGCCACGCUCCGCCUCUUCCUCCACGACUGCCUCCUUCCCAACGGAUGCGACGCCUCCAUCCUCCUCUCCUCCACGGCGUUCAACAAGGCGGAGCGCGACGCCGACAUCAACCUCUCCCUCCCCGGCGACGCCUUCGACCUCGUCGUCCGCGCCAAGACCGCCCUCGAACUCGCCUGCCCCAACACCGUCUCCUGCGCCGACAUUCUCUCCGCCGCCACCCGCGACCUUCUCACCAUGCUCGGCGGCCCCUUCUACCCCGUCUUCCUCGGCCGCCGCGACGGCCGCUUCUCCUCCGCCGCCGCCGUCCCCAACCACCUCCCCACCCCCUCCAUGCCCAUGUCCCAAAUCACCCAAAUCUUCACCAGCCGCGGCUUCUCCGUCGAGGAGUUCGUCGCUCUCACUGGGGCCCACACCGUCGGAUUCUCCCAUUGCUCUGAAUUCGUAACCAAUCUCUCCAACUCUUCUUCUUCCUACAACCCUCGUUUUUCUGAAGCUUUAUCAAAAGCUUGCGCCGAUUACAGAACCAACCCUACCCUUUCCGUCUUCAAUGACAUCAUGACUCCGAACAAGUUCGACAAUGUGUACUUCCAGAACCUUCCGAAGGGUUUGGGCGUGCUGAAAUCUGAUCACGGGUUGUAUAGCGACCCUUCUACAAGACCCUUCGUGGAGAGCUUCGCAAAGGAUCAAAAUAGGUUUUUUAGGGUUUUUGCCUCGGCGAUGCAGAAGCUGAGUCUGCUAAAUGUGCAGACGGGGAGGAAGGGGGAGAUCAGACGCAGGUGUGAUCAGAUUAAUUGA